AUGUCCAGUUCAGCGACGACAGGGUGGUACACGGGCACAGUCUGGUCGCUCGAUGGUCGAACAACAUUAAUUCCAGCGCAACCUGUGGCUCCUACACCGCCGGUUUCGCCUCCCCCUUCUCCCCCCCCAGUCUCUACACCGCCAGUUUCGCCUCCCCCCUCUCCCCCCACAGUCUCUUCUGCGCCAACCCCUGCACCAACAGUCUCAACUAUACGACCAGUCUCUACUUCCCGGCCGUCGAUGGAUGCUAUUCGCCCUUACCUGGACUUGGAGGCGAUGGUUGACGAUGAAGAGAGUGGCUCAGAUGACAAAGAUGAAGACAAUGAAUUCAUAAAUAAUGACCUUAACGAAGAUUCAGAAGAUGCAGGCAGGCCUAUCGACUACAUUACAAUAAACCGGAAUAUAGGCAUUGAACAGAGCAGUUCUGGCAACGCUCAGUUCAACGCACUUCUCGAUAAAUACACUUACGCAAGCGAUCCCAGCCCUUCUUCGCGUACGCUCGACAAUAUCAACGACGAUCUCAAUGAUGAAGAGACAGCCGAAGUUUGGUUUGUCAAAUGCAAGAAACGACGCGAACAGAAGGUGUUUGACUUCAUUGUCGACUUCAAGGCCAACCAUCCUGAAGACACGAACAUCUUAUCCGCACAAUUUCAGUACCGCGGAUGCGGUUUCGUUCACGUUCGACUUUCUGACCAUCACAAAGCAGCACUUGUCCUCCGAGGCUGCUCGUACAUCCUCCGAAACACUUCAGGCCCCGCAUGGGUUGAUAUGCGGCUUGUUACCGAUCCCGUGGAAAUUGCGUUUUGUUUGCAACGCAUUGUAAACGCCAUUACAGAUGGUUGUGAUAAUUCGUUGCUCCCUGCGGAAAUUCAAAUUGGAUCUUGGGUUCGUCUUGCUGGACCAAAAAAGAGGAAGAGGAAGACUAAGAACGUGGAGGUGGAUAGUGGAAGGAAGAGGAAGGGUAAAGAGGUUGAACAAGGAACGAAGAAGAAGAGGAGGAGAAAUCCAGAGGGUGAACAGUCGGACACGGAACCGGAAGAGCCUUCAUUAACGGAACCGGACCCCCCAUCAAUGGAACGGGAGCAGUCUUCAUUAACGGAAACGGAAGAACCGGAAGAACAAUCAUUAACGGAACAUGAACGCAGCCACAGCAACCCUCCCGAAGAACCGGAAUUCAUUCCAUACUACACGAAUGACCCGGCAAUUGUUCUAGGUAUCUUUGAGGGCGAAUACAUGGUUGCUUUACUCCCUCGCUGUGACCAACACAGUGUAACUCCCAACUUGCGAAGGAACGAGCGCUCCCAGCAAACUUUGUGUCGAGAUGGAGCUGCUUUUGACGGACAUCCGGAUGAGUUAUGUGUUUGGGGCAAGAAAAACACAUUGAAGGAGUACGAGAACGGGCUGUUGGUCAAGCGCUUCCCCUUCCGGCUGUUAAAGCCUCUUGGAAAGCAUCCCAGCUCUACUGAAGGCCGCCUCUUCCUCAAAAGCGGUCACCGAGAAGUUCUCGCCCAUUUCCCUCACAUCGAUGACUGGAGGUUCGAUAUAGGAGACGUCAUUGAGCAUGCUGGCGAGGAGGGGAUAGUCUGCGAUCAGUCCGCCGCUGGCCCCAUUGUUCAGCGGCGUGAUGUCGAUGCUUCCGAUGGAGCUGCUUUCGAAGGACGGUUCUGUUUUGGCUGGGCGAUCCGGAAACGAUGGUUCAUUGGCGACUAUGUUCGCCAUCUAUCUGGUGUUUCUGGCAUUGUCGUUUCCACCAACACAGAAACUGGCGAAGUCACUAUUCAGGACAUGGUAGACAACCUGAAUUAUGACUUUGUCGGUUACACCAACUGCUUUCGGUCCAAGCGGCGUGACGAGAACGCUGUUGGAUACCUGACAUCUUUAUCUCGCAGAAUCGGAGACCGUGUUCCAUCCUGGGUCGAUGCUGCGAAAUUGGGCCCCAACAUCAUCAAGUCAAACCAGACUUUCUUCCGUUUUCAAGAGGACUGGAGGGCACGGCUUCGUUUACAACGCGUCCCCCACGACCACUACAUCUUGACUCACUCCGAAGCAACACAGAAGCUGAAGGAGACGAGAACAGGAAGAGUCCCUUGGGUAAAUCACGAAGUUCUUAUUACCGGGAAGGGGCCACUUCAUGGGUUACAGGCCUUUGUCGUCGACGUUCACAUUCAACAGAAGACAGCCAGCCGCUUGAAGGUUACCGUCGAGUCCACUGUGCAGGGUCAACAAGGAGCCCGCCACCUGGUAGACUACGACGAUGUAGUUGACCGACACUGGGAGCUACCGCUCCACAUCAUCGAGCGGCCAUUCAAGUUCUUCUUCCUUCCACCAAUCUCCUAUACCCACCCUCAAAUGUUUCGCGCUUCCACCGUCUCAAAAACCCCGAUUCCACCCCGGCCCGAGCCUGGUACACCCCGAGCAAGUACACCUCGACCCAAUAACGACAGUACUGGUGACGAUCAAUGGGCGAUAACCCCCGAUGAAGGCCCCUCAAGUUCAACACAGGACACCCUCAAUCAGGUUACGCAAACACUGGCCCGACAUGCGAACCCUAGCCAGGCCUGGCUGUACAAUAUCCCUCACACGGUGGACGAAGAGGAGCUGAAGUUCAAGGCGAAAAUUACGGGGACAAUCGAGACGAAGGUAUUCAAGGACCAAAAAGUGGACGUGUACAUGAUUGGCAGUGGUAGCGAAAGGAAAAUAGUGAUCCUCUGGUACAACAAGGAGCGAACAAUCCCUUACAAUGCCCAAGUGCAUCCGAUCUGCCCCCUGGUCUCUACUUCUGGACCCAUCUUCAUCCUACGUGGUCCUGAGGCGAAUAAAAUCGUGAUAAGGGCAACCAACUACAGAGCGUCGGACGGGAAUCUUCGUUUGUGCGGCUUUGAACUGAGGAAGGACUCGUUCAUCCUGAGCAAGUAUCGUGUGUUAUUUGACCAGCCAGUGGAAUUCCUCCCGGAAGAUGCUUGUGUUUUGUCUGUGGAUCUGUGGACUACAAAAAGGUAA